CUGCUUCAAAGUUCCAAGACUGAUCUUUCUAGUCAAAAUUCCAUCCAGAGCCCUUUCUCAGACAUGUGAUUUUGUAGCAAGAUAAUGUGUCUUGACGAUAGCCCGGCUCAACAUGGUUGUGCUGAAUUUUACACUGAGCGAAGAGGGCGUGGUAGUGCUCCAUGAUGCCCUCGCCUGCAUGUUCAAGUUCAGCGACGACGUUUGUCUGGAAGCGAGAAAGGAUAAAUUGACGUUGACCACCCUCAACAUCUCAAAGUCAGCAUAUGUCUGCUUUACCUUCGCCGCAAACAGGUUCUUCUCCCGUUACAACUUCGAAGGCACUCCUCAGUACAGAGAUCGCUUUUUUUGCCAGCUGUACAUACGAUCUCUCCUCACCAUCUUCAGGACCCGUCAAAGUGGUGGGGACCAAUCCCGUGACCGGGACGCAUCAAUCGAGCGGUGCGAUGUGGCAGUUGACGACGGCAUCGGCAAGCAAAGCCGCCUCGUUGCAAGGAUUUCCUUCAGAAACGGGAUCACGUCAUCACACUCGCUUCCGUACGAGGUCAAGACCCCAACCCACGCCAAAUUCAACAAGGAUGAAGCUGGGAACCACUGGGCUAUUUCGUCCAGGACGCUACGGCAGCUCAUGGACCACUUCGGGUCCGGCAUAGAACUCCUCGAUAUCAACACAGAUGACGAGGCACGUGUUGUAAACUUUACCUGCUUUACCGAGAAGGUGCAGAAGCGUGGUCCGGUCAGCAACGAAGCUGUCCUCAAAAAACCUCUCCACACUAAUAUUGCGGUUGAGAUGGACGAAUUUGAUAACGUCCAAGUCCAAGACAAACUGCACAUCAUCAUCAGCGUCAAGGACUUCCGUGCGAUUCUCCAGCAUGCCCAGAUGACCAGCGGAGAGCUGGCAACCAGCUACUCGAACCCUGGACGUCCGAUGAAGCUCUCGUACGGCACCGAUGGCGUCUUGUGUGAAUUUAUACUCAUGACCGUCGGCGAGAAGGACGCCAUGACCCAGAAGCACAAGAACCCUCGGCCGAAUGCGGCAAAGGCUGCAAGGCCAGAGCUUGAUUCAGCAUCACACCGGGGCAGUUCUGUUGCGAAUGAUAAUCAGCAGGUCCCACCGGCAACCGCCUCGAAACCGCCCCAGCAGCGAACCCCAAUCCGGUCACGUCAGCCGGGAUUUGAGAUCCGGCCACAACCACCUCCGCCCCCGGCCACAGAUCGAUCAGAGUCGCUGUUCGUUAACCAGGCUGACGACGACGAGCAGUGGGAGCCUGUCGGCGCAAAUGAAGACGAGGAAGAGGAGGAUGCACGGCUGGAGUGGAAUGCAACCAACGAACCGAACCCGUCGUCUUUGCGAAUUGGUAGCUACAUGUCCCGGCCGGCGGGGAGUCACGAUGCUCGUCCAGAUAACCUUAUCUCAGGACUUGAUCCAACUCAGCCACUCUCUCAGGUCCGCCGGUUCGGUCUAUUUUCCGACUAAUCGCAAGCCUGUCCGCCUGGGUGGAGAGAGACAGUGUUUCUCUACGCCGUGC